CAAACUUUUCGCUACAUUCGUGCUUUUCCAAGCUGUGUCGGUGUUUAAUGGUCUUUACCCCGGUCAUUCACUUUCGCACGAAUUCGCGAAAUCGCAUGUGUGGGACGACAUUUGCGAAGCUUAAGCUACAUUCGUGCGCCAAGCGCUCAGGGCCGUAACCAGAGUUGUAUUUGAGUUAGGGCAGCGUUAAUUACAGGUAGGGCAUCAGCAGGGGCAUGCCGCUCUUCGAAGCCUGCCGCUAUGUUUUAAGGUGGGGCAAUUAAAAAGUAGGGUAUUCCCUCAUAAUGUAAUUACGACAGUUUUUGACAGACGCACAUCAGUGCACGAACCUUCACGUAGGCUUCUACACAUUUGCGAAUCUUGUCACGAUCAUGACAAUAACCGAAAUUAAAUUAAAUUCAAAAUAAUUAAAUCUAUACCGGGGCCUAAUAAUCUUAUGUCAUUGUAUAUCUCACAGAACACAGGUAUAUCUACCAGAUAUCAUUAACAAUUUAUGUACUGCGGGUACUUUUAACUUUUUUCCAUAAUUGAUGUCCCCUUAUGCUGUGAGUGUGACAGUUUUAUUGGAAAUAAAAAAAUGGAAAUUAACGCAGUUAAAAUUAAAAGUUGUAUUCUUAAUAAUAAUGAAAGAGAGAUUACAGAAUUGCUAAAAGAUGGUUUAGAUCCAAACUUAGAGGGAGGAUGGCCGAUCAGAUUAGCAGCACGCAAUGGAUUCUAUUUGAUAGUGAAAUCACUACUUCAGUUUGGAGCCAAUCCACAUUUAUUGAGCGUUGCUGGUGCAUCUACUCUUCAAUUAGCCGUGUAUUCGGGUCAAAAUUGGUCUGGAGAUAAAUGGAGCUUUUUAUUAUCUUAUUGUGAUUCAUCGCAACUUGCAGAUGGAGCUGCAGUUGCUAUAAUAUUUCAAAACAGUUUAGCAUUAGAAAAUAUUUUAUCGACAGGACGAUGCAACACAAAUAUACCGACAAGUUUAACAGGUAAAACUGUGGAACAACUCGCAAAAGGCUAUAAACUUCAUCACCUUUUGACAUGUCCAGAUACUCAAAAUCAAUCUAGUACCACUCCAACUCAGUCUCCGAGAUGUUCCAGACAAAUUCAGACGGAUACCAGAAGAACAUCCUCUUUGCGGCCUCAUCAUCCUCACAGGAAUUUAUCACCAUCUGUUGCAAGAUUUUUCCAUCAAACUGCAAAUCAGACAUCAUUGACAUCGCCUCGAAAUUCUAUGGUUGUACUUUCACCAUCGCGGGUACAUAAUGUUACAACGUAAAUUUUUGGUUGGUAAUGAACAAUCUCAUGCGAUUUGUUAAUUAAGCUUACAAAUAUCUUUCGGUAGUAAUUUCAAAAGAUACAUACACUUAAUCUACACUGAGCGGUAUGGAUA